GACCGAAACCAGCGUCCGCUUGGACUUCAACCAUCCGCUGGCUGGCAAAAACUUGACCAUGACCGUCGUCGUUCUGGAAUGCCGGGAGAGGACGGCUCCUGGCGUGCGCGUCGAAGUGGUUGUGGCCGGGUACGGCAUCAGAACACCUCAGGACGGCGACAAGGUCAGCAUGAACUGCGAAGGCAGGCCGGUCGAGGCUACGAAAGCACUUUUGCUUUGCAUACCGCCUGCUGCAAUGGUCAUGGCUUUCCAAAUCCUCUUCGUUUUCAUUUUGGCUGCGGCCAAUGCUAUGCGCACAACGGAGCCUUCGGCUGUGUCGGCUGGGCCUGAGACGAGUGCCUACAACGAGGUGGUGAUUCCCAAGGUCUCCGAGCUGGAGGAGUGGAAGGAGAAGCUUUCGUCGGUUGAACCUCUCCAACUGCCCAUAGGAUCCAAAGACGCCUUCAUCAUCGACAUCUCUAUGCGCAUGGCUCUACUCGCCUAUGGUCGGACAACCUUAUCUGGCUCCUCUGGCCGUCUGGAGUUUCUUUCGCCUGGGCAAGGGGAGCCCAUCGCCAUGUGUGAGCUGACGGUGAGGGGUAUGGAGGCUUCUCCGCAACGCAUACAGAAGACUCAUCUUGCUGAAAGGCAAGAAGGUCUCAACAUAUCACUGCAGGACGACAGCCCUUACGCUGUGAUCUAUAUGAUGAAGCUGCCGGAGGGAGGCUUCGGCUUAGUCUUGAGUUUCAAGGGAUCCACGAAUAGCCUCGACUGGAUGAGGAACUUCAACAUCUUGCCAUCCCGUUUGCGCUCCGACGACGGUGUCAAAGUGCAUACUGGCUUCGCCACGCAUGUUGACAGCAUCUUCAGGAGAUUGUCAAGAUUCACCAGGCUUGUUAAAUCUCUCUACGAGGCCUGGGCAGCAUGGGGCAUUCCCAGCAACAUUCAGAAUAUGGCAGACUUCGUCACCAGUGGUGAAUGGAAAUGGUGCAUUUGUGUAGGCCAUAGCUUGGGCGGAGCUAUGGCUGCCAUCGCGGCGGAAAAGAUUGCAAGCUCCGCAAACCGCCCCAAUUCGGUGUAUGCGGUUUCCAUCGCCGCCCCGGUUCCUGGCAACAAGGCAUUCGUGGCAGACAUGAAGAACAAAGUGCAGCCUCAGGGUGGCCUCCGCAUUGAGAAUCCGUAUGACCUCGUCCCCCGGAGCGGCUAUGGUGGUUUGAGGCUCCUAUCUCGCAGUGUCAAUGGCAUCGUCUGGGUACUUCCCCACGACCAAUGGAUGAAACGCACUGCCAAGGUUUCUGCCCACAUGAUCUUCAACGUCAUUGAGCAUGAUGACGGCAACACUACGAAGCAUCUCCGGUAUGAUUUCGGGGAGCAUGAGACAAACAGCGAUCCAACAGCCACAGCCACCAAGAAUUAUGUCGAGGUGAAUGCGCUCGAUGCGAACUUCAGACCCUUGCGCUGA